AUGUUGUUCAAGUUCUUUACGCCUAUCCCUCGAUUUUCGGAGUCUAAUAAUUCUACUAUCGGAAAUGAAUCAACAAUUGAAGCCUCUCCAAUUCUUUCUACAACUGAGGGACCAUCCGAAGAACCUUCUUCUACUCCUUCAUCAAGUGAUCCACCAUCUUCAAAUAAGGUAUUCAAAAAGGGGGAAUAUUUGGAGUUGGAUCCUGGCAAAAGAACUCCAAUUCUUGAUUAUCAUCCAAAUGAUCAAGAUGAGGUGAGAAGAGCUUAUCUUGUAAAUGGACCUACAAGACCCAAUAUGACAGAUUAUCCUCCUAGAAAAAUUGGAAAAAGGAAUCGUUCUUUUAAUAAUAGUUGGUAUAAAGACAAUGACUGGUUGGAAUAUAGUAUAGAAAAAGAAGCUGUGUUUUGUUUGCCAUGUUAUUUGUGCUACAAUGGUAGAAGUAAUUCUGCAUUUGUGAUUGAAGGUUUUAGGUGUUGGAAUCUAAAAAACAAGUUGAAUACACAUGUUGGUGAACUCAAUAGUAAUCAUAGAAAUUGUGUCAAAGCAUGUGCGAAUCUUAUGAAGAAAAAUCAAAGUAUUGAGUCUUCGUUUGUAAAGCAUAGUACAAAAGCAGAAGCUGAUUAUCUUGUUCGUGUAAAAGCAUCACUUGAAGCAGUCAAGUUUCUUGUCAGAGGUGGAAUUGCGUUUAGGGCACAUAAUGAGGGGGAAAAUUCUAUUUAUAAGGGCCAUUUUCUAGAAUUUAUCGAAGCAUUGGGGACAAACAAUGAGAAAAUAGCAGAUGCAUUUAAAAGUGGUGGAGGAAAUUGUAAGAUGACUUCUCCUAUUAUUCAAAAAGAACUUGCAAAUGCAUGUGCCGUUGAAACUGUUAAAAAAAUAGUUGAAGAAAUUGGAGAUGGUUUCUUUAGUGGUCUUGUUGAUGAGUCCGGUGAUUGCUCUGGUAAAGAACAAAUGGCAGUAGUUGUGCGUUUUAUUGAUGAUAGGGGAUUUAUUGUCGAACGAUUUAUUGGCAUUGUUCAUGUUGAGGAUACAAGUGCGAAAGCGCUUAAAGAUGCUCUUGAAACUUUGUUGUCGGGAUUUGGAUUGUGUAUAUCUAAAAUUCGAGGACAGGGAUAUGAUGGAGCAAGUAACAUGAAAGGUCAAUUUGGUGGAUUGAAAACCUUGAUUCAAAAAGAGAAUCCACAAGCCUAUUAUGUGCAUUGUUUUGCUCACCAACUUCAAUUGGCUCUUGUUUCAAUGGCUCGGAAGCAUGAAGAUGUUGAUUGGUUUUUCCUUGAAGUGUCUCGUAUUGUAAACUUUCUACGGUCUUCUAACAAACGACAAUCUUUACUUCGAAAAAAACAAGUUGCUCAUUUUGCAAAUCUAAUUGAGGAUGAGUUGGUGGAAACGGGUACCGGUUUGAACCAAGAGUUGUCUAUUGCAAGAGCGGGUGAUACAUGGUGGGGAUCUCACUUUCGGACUCUUAGUAGGUUGAUUGAUUUGUUUACUCCUAUUAUUGAAGUGCUUGAAGAUUUGAAAAGUGAUAGAUAUUCAAAGGGUGAACCAAAAAGUUUAUUAUUUGUCAUGCAAACUUUUGGUUUUGUUUUUAUGUUGCACUUAAUGGUUGAGGUUUUGUCGUUGACAAAUGAUUUGUCUCAAGCAUUACAAAAGGGAGAUCAAGAUAUUGUUACCGCCAUGCAACUUGUCCAAGUAAGUAAGAAAAGGAUUCAACAAAUGAGAGAUAAUGGGUGGGAUGCAUUUUAUGAAAAAGUGGUGGAUUCUUGUGGUAAUCUUGAAAUUGAUGUGCCCGACAUGGAGUCAAGGUAUGUGAAAGGUAAUAAAUCCAAAAGACUAGCUCCGUUAUUGACAAAUCUCAAUUAUUUCAAGAAUGAUUGCUUUUUACAUGUCAUAGAUUUUAUAAUGAAAGAGUUGGGUGAUCGAUUUACACCGGAAAAUGUUGAGUUGUUGAAUUGUGUAGCAUGCUUGAAUCCUUAUUCUUCUUUUCAAGAUUUUGACAUUAAAUCACUUGUGAGGUUGGCAAGAUUCUACCCAAAUGACUUUGAAAAUGUUAGUGAUAAGGAGUUGUCUAGCCAACUUGAAACUUAUAUUGAGUGUGUCAAGAUGGACGAUAAUUUUUCCAAGUUGAAGGGUAUUUCGGAUCUAUGUAGGACUCUUGUUCGUACAAAAAAACACAAGACAUUUGGAUUUGUGUACACACUUUUGAAGCUAGCUUUGUCAUUACCGGUGGCCACGGCAAGUGUUGAGCGAGUAUUUUCUGGCAUGAAAUAUGUGAAGAAUGAGUUGAGAAAUCGAAUGGCAAAUUCAUGGCUUAAUGAUUGCUUGGUGGCAUUUGUGGAAAAAGAAGUGUUUAUUACAGUCGAUGAUCUAGAUAUUAUCAAGCGCUUUCAAGCCAUGAGUAAGAGGAGAAUGCAUUUACGGUUGGACUAG